UACUUAUCUUUUCUUCAGGGUGUUUUGAUUGUGCUGCUUUGUUCUUUCAUUUUCUGGAAAAAAGUACAAGAAGAUGAAUACCAGAGUGCGCACCACUCUUCAGGCAAUGAAAGCUCCUCUGAACCUUGAUAAAAUGGAGACUCAGGGGAGCAGAGUAAAAGGUGGCGAGAAACCUGUGACCAAUCGAAGGCGAUCAAAUAGAGAAAGAAAAAUGACGUUACUUCAAGAUGUUGAUAAGCUAAAGAAGAGGCUCAGACAUGAAGAGAAUGUUCACAGAGCAUUGGAGAGGGCUUUUAGUAGGCCUUUAGGAGCUCUACCUCGUCUUCCUCCUUAUCUUUCCCCACAUACACUAGAGCUUCUUGCCGAAGUAGCUGUUUUAGAAGAGGAGGUUGUUCGUCUGGAAGAGCAAAUCGUGAAUUUUAGGCAAGGUCUGUAUCAGGAAGCUGUCUACAUAUCCUCCAAGAGGAAUGUGGAGAAUUCGAGUGAUACAAUCGACCACGAGUCAGUUAGAAACUCCAAACAUCAGCGAUCAAAGUCUUUGCCCCAAAAUGAGCUGAAUUCAAAUACAUCUAUAACCAGACCUCAACCUUGCCUUGCCAGAAGUACAAGUAGAAAGUUCUUUUCCCUUGAUAUCAUCCACGAUCGAACGGCUAAUUGUUCCAAUAGGCCAGUGAUGGGGAAACAAUCUCUUAAUAAACGCAAUUCCUCUCCAUCUUGUCCAGAAGAUGGGCAAGGAAAAGAGAGUUGGUUGUGUUUUAAUUCUGUGAAGGACAAGCAAUCUCCGGAAAAGAAAUAUGCAAAAAACAUAACCUCGAUGCAGAAAACUCCAAUCAAAUAUGAAUCAAUGGAGAAAUGUGCGGAUCCUAUAAGGUCAAAGCUAGGGAGCAGACUAAUAGAGGAGAGAGCACAGGAGAGUACCUCCGGUUCUUCAGAUGAAAGAGUAUUGGAAGCUGAUAGCACUCCCAACAAAGUAUCUGAGGAUAUAGUGAAGUGUUUGUCUAGCAUUUUCAUGAGGAUGAGCGCAUUGAAGGACAAAGUAGUGGAAUCAGGGACUUUUCAAGCAGUAGCUUCUCAUGGAAACAACAGAGAAACACAGUUUAGAGAUGCUUAUGAAAUCUGUUCAGAAUACAGAGAGAGAGAUAUUGGUCCUUAUAAGCAUCUCUGUGCAAUUGAAGCAAGUUCAAUCGAUCUCAAUCGCACAACCAAUGCUUUGUUUCUGAUUCAUAGGCUAAAGUUGCUAUUUGGAAGGCUUGCUACUGUGAAGUUAGAGGGUCUUACACAUCAGCAGAAGCUUGCAUUCUGGAUAAAUAUAUACAAUUCCUGCAUGAUGAAUGCAUUUUUAGAGCAUGGGAUACCGGAUACCUCCAAAAUGGUUGUAGCACUAAUGCAAAAGGCGACAAUUGUUGUGGGGGGACACUUGCUGAAUGCAAUAACAAUCGAACACUUCAUCUUGAGACUGCCUUUUCAUUUGAAAUUUACAUGCACAAAAGCUGCAAAAAAUGAUGAGAUGAAAGCACGCAGCAUAUUUGGAUUGGAAUGGUCUGAACCCUUGGUUACAUUUGCACUCUCCUGUGGAAGCUGUUCCUCACCUGCUGUGAGGGUGUACACAGCAUCUCAAGUGGAAGAAGAGUUGGAAGUUGCAAAGAGGGACUACUUGCAGGCAGCAGUUGGCUUUACAAAGACAAAUAAAUUAGUUAUCCCCAAGGUACUAGAUUGGUAUCUACUUGACUUUGCUAAGGAUUUGGAGUCAUUGCUGGAUUGGAUCUGCCUGCAACUACCGGAUGAACUCCGUAGCGAAGCAGUCAAAUGUCUUGAGAGAAGAGGAAGAGAACCCUUAUCACAAUUAAUACAAGUAAUGCCAUAUGAUUUCAGUUUCAGGCUACUUUUACAUGGAUGAGAGUUUUUUUUUCCCUCUCUUGAUCAGAGUCUGUCUAGUGUCACCAAUUUUGGAUGUGGUGAGGGUUGUGUAUUGAUAGUCACAAGUGGAAGCGCAUACAUAUCAGAUGUGGUGGGGGUGUGGUGUUUGAUUCAUUAUUUGAGGAAGAGUAAAUGAAUGUGAUCAAUUCUUUAAUGUUUUUCAUUUUAUUUUUCUUUUUUGAGAUUUUCUUUUUUAUCAACUUCCUCAAUUCUUGACAGAAUUAUUAAUGU